AUGAGUACCUUCUCGCUGGUUCCGUCUCUGAGCCGUCCCCUCUCCCAUCGUCAGCUCGAGCAGCCCUUCGGGAUCCUCAUUGGCUCGCUGCGAUGCAGGAAGAGUUCGACGCGCUCCAGCGGAACCGUACAUGGCAGCUCGUCCCUCGGCCGCCCCGUGCCAACAUCAUCACGGUUGGACGUGUCCAACACCUUCUUGCACGAUCACCUAGCUGAGCAGGUGUUCUGUGAGCAGCCUACUGGCUUCGUCGACGCCACGCAUCCAGAUCAGGUGUGCUUGCUCUCCCGUUCACUUUACGGGUUGAAGCAGGCACCUCGGGCCUGGUACCAGCGCAUCGCCGCCUUCCUGCAGACGCUCGGAUUUACAUCGACUCGCUCCGAUGCGUCCCUCUUCGUGUAUCAUCACAGAGUUGACACGGCCUACUUGCUGCUAUACAUCGAUGACAUCAUUCUGACGGCAUCCACUGUCGCGCUCCUCCAGCGGCUCACUGCUCGUCUCCGCGAUGAGUUUUCCCUGAAGGACUUGGGUCCCCUGCAUUACUUCCUUGGCAUUGAGGUGGUUCGACGACCCGAUGGGUUCUUCCUGCACCAGCAGCGCUACGCCCAUGAGCUUCUCGAUCGAGCUGGCAUGCUUAACUGCAAGCCCGCUCCUACGCCCGUCGACACCAAGGCCAAGGUUUCCGCUUUGGAGGGUUCGCCUGCAUCUGAUGCGACCUUCUACCACUCCAUUGUGGGUGCCUUGCAGUACCUGACCCUGACGCGCCCCGACUUGCAGUAUGCUGUUCAGCAGGUCUGCCUUCACAUGCAUGCUCCGCGCGACUCUCACUGGACUCUGGUGAAGCGUAUCCUCCGAUACAUACGCGACACCCAGUCCUUGGGACUUACGCUGACGGCCUCCGCCUCCACCGACCUCGUUACCUACUUUGAUGCGGACUGGGCCGGCUGCUUGGACACACGGCGCUCCACCUCGGGAUACUGUGUCUACCUUGGGCUGUCCCUGAUCUCUUGGUCCUCCAAGCGACAGCCCACCGUGUCCCGCUCGAGUGCCGAGGCUGAGUAUUGA